AUGACCGUCGAAGAUGCCAUGACGUCUGCCCCCCCAAAUGAGCGCAUUUUCCACCCAGACGCCUCAAUCGUCCUGGUGGGAUGUCGAGGUGCCGGAAAGCGCUCUCUUGGCUUCAUCGGUGCUCUUCACCUGCGACGCCGUCUUAUCACUGAGGACUACUACUUCCAGCAGGUCACCGGGCUCACCCGCAUGCAGUUCCUCAGCCAAAAGGGCAAGGAUGAAUUCAACCGACGCAAUGACGAGGUCUUCAAGCGCAUGCUCGAUGAGCAUCGCCACAAGGCCAUCAUCGAGUGCGGCAUGAGCAGCUUUUCUGACGAAGCACAGAACGCCUUGCGCCUGUUUUCAGAGUCGAACCCUGUCAUAUAUAUCCAUCGGGAGAAGGAGGAGAUGCUUCGCCUCCUGGAUUCGGCCGAUGGGGAGCGUAUCCUCCGCGCAGAUCAGAGGCACAGGACAUGCGCGAACCUCGAGUACUUCAACCUGUACGAUCAUUCCAACUCCAAGCCUAUUGUAGCUAGCGACGCGUCAUCAGGUGGAUGGGACAUGCACAUGGCUACACCCUCCAGCCUGCUAUACGCCAAGCAAGACUUCACUCGCUUCAUCGAUUUCGUUACCGGCCAAGGCCUCACAAAGCUCUUCCUUGAGAGCCCAUUCGCUGUAAGGGCCAUCCCGCCUGAGUUCAGACAGUACUCUUACGCUCUGCGACUGCGGCUGUCCUACCUCGUCAACAUGGACCUUGAGUGGGAGGACCUUGAGGCCCGGGGCGAUUGCGUGGAACUUAUUAUUGACCAUUGGCCGGACGACAUGUUGAACCAGAUCGCUCGAAUCGUCGCCCAGGUGCGGAGGAAACUGGUUGUUCCAAUAAUCUAUCAUGUUGAGGAGAACCCAAGAGAGGAGCGGCGCAGAACCCCUCAAGAGAAGGCCAAAAUGGACACUGAGCUCCUUGAGCUUGGUCUGCAGCUCGGCGUCGACUACUUGAGCCUGGACCUGCAGAGGAAAGACAUUCCGCUGCGGAAAAUACUCGCCAAUCGCGGUCGGUCGAAGAUCAUGGGCAACUACUGGAACGUGGGCCUGAUGUGCACGCCGUGGUCUAGCGAUUCCCAUGUGCGAGAUUAUCAACAUGCCAAGGACAUUGGGUGCGACCUCGUGCGCAUGGUCCGAUUUUGCUCCGGCGACAGCUCUCGUGAGAUGCUCCAAGAUUUCCGGAAGAAGAUUGCCAGCACUAUCCCAGACCCGAAGCCCCCGCUUGUAGCGUACGACUUCUCAGUCCUCGGUAUUAGAACGCCUAUUCAGUCACGGAUCUUGACCCCGGUAAAGCAUCCCGACAUGGAGAACGAUCGGGAGCACCUGGCCACUGUCUGUACGGCCAGCAACUCCUUCGAGGCACUUUUUCGGCAAUUUGAGCUAGAACCACUGCAGUUCUACACAGUAGGCGCAAAUGUGUCGUACUCGCUCUCACCAUGUAUGCACAACACUGCAUAUGAAUUCGCCGGCAUGCCCCAUAACUUCUCAGCAGAGACAUGCUCUACCAUGGAAGAUCUCAACAAGAUAUGCAGCGAUGCCUCCUUUGGUGGAGCCUCGCUGGCAGCACCUUUUAAAGUCGCCAUUGUGCCUCAUUUGAAACUCAAGAGCCACCAUGCCACCGUCAUCGGGGCCGUCAAUGUACUUUUACCACUACGCGGCAAGACGAACUUCAUCUUAGACCACGCAAACUCCCGCAACAAGUCGGGUCUCACAAACGAGUUCUAUGGCGAUAACACCGACUGGCAAUCCAUAUUCACAUGCCUACAGAGGAAUAUCAGUCCUCGUAACUACGUGCGGCCCUCCAAGACGACAGGACUCAUCAUCGGGGCAGGAGGACAGGCACGAGCUGCCAUCUAUGCCAUGAUUCAGCUCGGAUGUCGGAAUAUUUUCAUCUUUAAUCGAACCGUCGAGAACGCACAGGUAAUCGCUGAACACUUCAACCUCUGGGCUCAGAAGCAGGGCAUGACUCCUGGAAAGGGAGGCAUAUCCCAAAUCUGUCAUGUCUUGUCGUCCAUCUCUAUUCCGUGGCCAGAAGGCUAUGAGCAGCCGACGAUGAUCGUGUCCUGCGUGCCAGCCACAAGUAUUCAUGGAAGCCUGCCGGCGGACUUCGAGAUGCCCAUGCAGUGGCUCGCAAGCCCUACUGGAGGCGUGGUGCUAGAGCUGGCUUAUGAGCCCCUCAUCACACCACUCGUAGCCCAGAUGCAAGUGUACAGAGACACUGUCAAUCCCUCAUGGGUAGUAGUCGACGGGCUCGAGAACGUAAGCGAAAUGGCCAUUGUAGCCUUCGAGCUAAUGACUGGGCGGUUGGCGCCCAAGAGACUCAUGAAAGAGGUGUGCCGGAAGACGUGGGAGCAGCAGAAGAGAGAGAUGUCAUCAAUGUCCUAA